GAAGAUUCGAGUAUUUAAAAGCGUGUUCCUCAAAGAGCGAUGCAGAAUGCGUGUGCAAGGAGGGAUAUCACUGCAGCGGCGACGGCUGCUCCCGCUGCGACCGGAGCUGCGGCGUGGGCCAGGAGAGCACUAGGAGCGGCUGCCAGACUUGCCGCUAUGGAACUUUUAAUGAUCAGCCCAACGGCUCCUGUAAAAACUGGACAAAGUGCUCUGCAAACCAGGUCCUGGAGCCUGGAACUGCAGCAAAAGAUGUAAUUUGCAAACGUGCUUCAGAUAAUCCCACUUUAGUCAGUACUCCACCUACCACAUCUCCUGCAAUUCCACUUUCUAUCACUGUGCCAGGGAAGGACCUCCAGAUGGACAUUACUGGAAUUUCUCUUACUGUAGCGGGGCUGUUGUGCAUAGUGUUUGUGCUUCCUUCGUGUGUAUGCUUCGGUAUCUGGCAGAAAAAGAAACUACACGCUGUCUUCAAGAAAAUGCAUACCACACCUGAACAGUCAGUUCAGGAAGAUGAUGCCUGCAGCUGCCGCUUUCCAGAGGAAGAACAAGGUGAAUAUCAGGACCAUGGCAAAUCCACAGAAAUCAGAGAUCUUCUGGUGAACUAG